AUGUCGAUGUUUGGCAGCUUUAAUCGCUCAAAAUGUAGGGUUAGGACACUUUCAACUGUACAAAAGUCUACCUUAGUUUUAGCUUAUCUUAAAACUAAUCCAAAUAGUUCAUUAAGAUCUGUGGCAGAAAUAUUGGGAUUAUCUUACAGUACCGUUCAAUGUAUUUGUAAACGGUACAAAUACCAUCCAUAUAAAUCGACAAAUGUCCAACAAUUGCUAACCAGUGAUUAUGAAAGGCGAUUAGAAUUUGUUUUUCAUAUUAUGGUAAAUUUGGAGGAUAACCCAAAUUUUUUAUCACGGAUAUUGUGGACUGAUGAGUCAAAAUUUUGUAAUAAUGGUGUUGUCAAUCAUCACAAUAGCCAUUAUUGGAGUGACACCAAUCCUCACUUAACAAUUGAGAGUAAAAGUCAGUUUCGGUGGAAUAUUAAUGUUUGGUGUGGUGUGAUUGAUAAUAAGCUUAUUGGACCUUAUUUUUUUGAAGAAAAUUUAAAUGCUACUAGAUAUUUGAAUUUUCUGAAAAAUGAUUUACCAGUUUUGCUGGAAGACUUACCAUUGGAAAUGAGGCAGCAUAUUAUAUGGCAACAAGAUGGUGCACCAGCUCAUAAUGCCAAAAUUGUUCAACAAUAUUUGAAUACAAUUUAUUACAAUGGUAAUUGGAUUGGAACAAAUAGCCCUGUUGUGAAAUGGCCACCACGGUCACCAGAUUUAACUGUACUAGAUUUUUACUUGUGGAGUUAUUUGAAAAAUGAAGUGUACAGAGAGCAGCAGCAGUUUUCUUCUAAAGAAGAAUUAAAACUUAAAAUAACCGAAGUAUGUUCAAAUAUUCCACAUGAUGUUAUUAAAAGAGCAACAAAUAACGAAGUAAAAAGAAGAUUAGAAUUCUGCUUUAACACUGAUGGGCAACAUUUCCAACAUUUGUAA